AUGAACAACAUUUUGCCACCCAGCAAUGAUUCUCAUGAUUACUUGAGCUGGGCGCCUUAUCACUGGCCAGAUUGUAAUUGGUGUGCAAAGGCAAAAGCGUUCUCAACGCCGGACGAAACGUGGACUACUUGCCCAUAUAUCACUCUCGAUGGCCAAGUCAAUCCUGACGUUCGAACUCUCAACGGUCCUGUUGCAAUCACUUCUGUUUCUCAAGCUGUACUCUAUACCGCUGUAAGUUACGGCCUGACAAGAUUACCUGAUUACUCUCGUCGAGCUGCUCAAUGGAUCGAUGCCUUUUUCUUGUCCUCUUCGACAAGGAUGAAUCCGCACAUGAAGUUCGGCCAAAUCGUUCGAGGUCCGGGACCUAGCGGUCAACUAGGAACUUAUACGGGUAUUCUUGAUCUUAGAGGCCUGGUCAAGAUAAUUAACGGAAUCCUUAUCCUAAAAUCUUCUGGAAGCCCAGAUUGGACCGCAUCAAGGGACCAAGAGAUGCGUGCAUGGACUCUUCGAUACAUUGCCUGGCUGGAGAACAGUUCAAUUGCCAAAAUGACGGCAUCUCGCGCUAACAACCAUGGUUCGUUUUAUGUCUCACAACUGGCAGUUACCAAAAUACUCGCUGGUGAUCAACAAGGGGCAAUUGACGUUUUGCAGCAUUUUUUCAAAAGUCAGUUCAGGGAUCAGUUAGCAGGAUCGGGAGAGCAACCAUUCGAAGCAGUGCGCACCCGCCCAUUUCAUUAUAGAUGUUUUAACAUCGAAGCACUGAUCACAAAUGCGAAAAUCGGGGAUUUUCUGGGUCUUGAUCUCUGGUCUACACGGUCGAAAUAUGGGGCAACGAUCCAAACAGCAGUAGACUAUGCUAUCAAGACAAAGCCAGACGAUGAGGACGUUCAUGAACUUGUACCUCAUGUUGCGUCUGUUGCCGCGGCGUAUGGCGAUCCAGAUGGAAAAUACGCGGCUUUUAUGUCGAAGACGAUGGAAGACUACGAAUCCAAGCCUUUCUGGUUCUAUGAUCAAACUCAGGCGCUGCCGAAUUCUCCAGCUGCAAGGAAGACUAAAAGAAGACAAGACAAUGUGGUGUUUGGGCCUGUGAUUGAGUUUUCAUGUCCAAUGGUGUUUGAUAAGUCGGACAAAGUGGAACUUGACAUGGGAGUGUAUACGACAUGUAACGAGCUACGGGCAUUUUACGAGUACUAG